CACCUGCGACUUGCUUGUUUACUGAAGAAUGCGUGCCGCAGGAAGGACAUCCAUAUACGACCUUCUUGUUGCCAAAUUUGGGUAUACGCCUCCAAGCUGACUGCACAUGCACGAUGCGGGAAAGUCCUGCGUACUCAUAAAAACCGCCGUUUGUGAAGGUAGACCGCUACCAUGACUCGAUUGUCAGAUUCGGAUACUGUUGGUAUUGUCGUUUCUGCGAUGUAUGGAAAGUAUUUAAAUGAUUUAUCAGUCGCCAGCCCACUACAUGUCGAACAAUAUUCGGGUGCUCAUCAACCUAAUGAACCACGAGCACAUUCACAUAAACUCACACCCUUUCUGAACAUCAUCGGGCCCAGUCUUCGACAAGAUGAGUGCUCAAUAUCUCACUACUGAUGGCGGUAAACUCGCGUACGAAAUUGCAGGAAGCGGACCGCUUGUUCUCUGCGCUCCUGCAAUGGGCGAUCUACGAAAUGCCUAUGCACCUCUUUCAGCGCAGCUCGUCAGCGCUGGUUACACAGUCGUGACCAUCGAUCCUCGAGGACACGGCGACAGCUCCACCGACUUUCUACACUACGGCGACGAGGCAUCAGCGGACGAUUUCGUCACAUUAGUCGAGACGCUCAACAAGGGACCAGCGAUCUUGAUCGGCGCAUCAUUUUCUGCGGCGAGUGCUACAAUCGCUGCUGCUCGCCGACCAGGACUGAUCAAGGGCGUGGUGCUCCUCGGACCUUUCCUGCGUCUACCCAUGGGAGUCUUUGGCAUUUACUUCAUGAAAGGCCUGAUUGCAAAGCCGUGGGGACCCAGCGUGUGGAAAAUGUACAGCAAGUCGCUCUGGCCUGGUCUGGGCGCCGAGGGUGCAUCGCAGCGCGCCGACGAGACUUCCAAAGCUCUUGCGCGUCCAGGACGCUGGGCAGCGUUCCAGGCGACCGUCUCGGGAGCCGAUCAUCGCGUCGUCGAGCCUUAUCUAGCCAAGGUGAAAGGCAUUCCUGCGCUGGUAGUCAUGGGAGGGAAGGAUCCGGACUUUACUAAGCCCGCCGACGAAGCACAAUGGGUCGGGUCAAAUUUCAGCCAUGCGAAGGUCGUGACACUUCCCGGUGUGGGACAUGCGCCGCAUCUCGAGCGCCCGGAGGAUGUUGCUCGAGAUGUGCUCGCUUUCGUCUCUGAAUUGAAAGACUAGAGCGCCAUAUGAGCUCAAGAAGUAUCUUGGGACAGUAUCUCGGGACAUACACAUGGAUGCUGCGAAUUGAUUGGCCUGGUGGUUGUGCCCAGAAGUGUCGAUUACCUCUUCUUAUAACACGUCGUCAAUAGUCUGGAGUUUAGCAAGGUAUACGGCCUGCCGUGAAUUCAGCAGUAAUGUACUUCAACUUUCGUGGUCCGUUGUCUGGGCAAAGAAUGUCAAGG